CCCUCCCAGCAGGUGAUGGGUAAAUCUGGAGGGACGUCCAGAAUGAAAAAGAUCUCUGCUGAUCACUGAACCCCAGCAGGGGCGUGUUGAUCACUCAGCCGGACGGAUUUAGUAGCUGCUGUAGAAUCUGUGUCCCAUACAGGCGCUGCAGACACUGAAGCGUUAGUCUCCUUCACCUUCAGGCAGUUUCUGGAGAUCACAGCUGGGGGGGAAAACAUGGAGAUUACACUCGAAGAUGAAAACAACAACACCUCAGCCAACUUUGAGUUCAAAGGGGCUCACCAGGCGUUCAGGGACCGCUGGAAGGAGACCGAUGACACCAUGUGUCGCCACAGCAUGUCCUUCCACCUGCACCACAAGCUGCAGAGCGACUUCUUCGCCAGCUACCUGUACCUGCUGGAGAAGAUUCCUCUGGUGAAGCUGUUUCCCGUCACCUGUGAGUUCAUCAAGGGAGAGAAGCAGUUCUACUACAGAGCCCAGAAGUUCUACGAAGACGUUCCUGCCUCUGAGGAGGGCAUGAUGGGAGAUUUUCUUGAGAUUUCCAACGUUGAUCUGGAGAGUUCCCGUCAGUUUCUGAAGAGGUUUGUGGGCCCUGGUAAAGCCGGCACAUACCGGGCUUUGGAUUGUGGUUCUGGGAUCGGGCGCGUCUCCAAAGGCGUCCUUCUUCCUGUGUUUGAGAAAGUAGAGAUGGCCGACAUGAUGGAGCACUUCCUGCUCCAUGCACACGAGGAGUAUCUGGGUGAUGACGCCGACCGCAUCGAGACCUACUACUGCUACAACCUGCAGGAGUUCACGCCUCCCAGAAACAAGUAUGACAUCAUCUGGAUGCAGUGGGUGGCGUGCCACCUGACAGACAAAGACCUGCUGAACUUCCUGAUUCGCUGCAAAAAGAGCCUCCGUCCCAACGGCGUCAUCAUCAUAAAGGAUAACAUGGCCCGGCAGGGCUGCAAGCUGGACCCAAUCGACAGCAGCAUCAGCCGCCACCUGGACAUCAUGAAGGUCAUCAUAUCCAAGGCUGGGCUGGAGAUCCUGGCAGUGGAGAGGCAGCAAGGCUUCCCUGAGGUCAUCAUGCCCGUUUGGAUGAUCGCCAUGAAGUAGAACAGUGCAACUCUUUCUGGAAACGGAUUUUAUCUACUCAACACCAAAUAAUGUUGGAACGGGUUUUAGGAUGAAUUAUCCUGCUAAAGCAACAUGAGGUGUAACAGGUUAGCCGUUCAUUAGAUGAGGAGUAGAAACAAACCAUGACAACUUCAGCCACUGAUUCCCAGAGAGGGCAGUCUGAAAACAGAACAGGAGGGAGUACCUCAGCCCUACAGUUUAUUAAAGCUAAAAUCCCCCUUUGGACAAAUUCACAGCUAGGAGUAAAACGUAUCAACCCCUGCUCCCAGAGAUUAACCUGCACCAUCAAGCACUGCUAAUAGUAAAAAAAAUUUCCUAAAUUUAAUGUAUUGAUCUUUAAUUUGAGUAGGUAAAUAAGAUGAUUGCCAAUGAAAUUAGUAUUUUUACUAUUAAAAUUAAUAUACUUGAAAUAUGGCCUACUUGAUAUUUGAAAUAAGACAAUGUAAUUGUUUUUUUUCUUUAAGUAUAAAUUGUCAUGUUCAAUUGGCAAAGUGUGUCAAUUACCUUCUCAAUUCAAGAUUUUAAAAAAAUAAUUAUAUUUUCACAAAUCUUUUGUCAGAUUUCAUUUUUUUUGCAGUAAAUAUGUUUGGAUUUCAGUGAAUCUCAUCCAAGAACACUUAAAAAUGAAUCCUUAAUGUGGUCCAUUGCAAAUGUCUUCCAACUUGGAAAUUCCACUUUUCCAUAACAACCUACUGUAUGGAUCCAACAUGGCUGCUACUAGAGUAACAUAAUAUCUCUUAUAUUUUGAUGUUCUAUAUGCA